UCCAUCGUCGCAACUCGAAGAAUAAUCCGUCAGACUAAGCUCUGUGCUUCCCCAACUCAUUCUGCUGCUACAGAGUGCAGUCAUAGUCUCAUAGCCAUGGCGUCCUUACAUUCCAUAUCCACCCAGAGCGUUCUCCCCCCUUCCAAAAUGAAACCAAAAUGCAGACCCGUCUCGAAGUCUUCCCAGACCCCAGUUUUCUCGAGAGAGCAAAAACAGAGAACGAAGUCGUGGGUACUACGCUCCGCGGUGGAAGAGCUGGACGUGAUCCCUGUACAUAGUACGGAUAGUACGGACCAUCAAGAGGGCGUGGUGGUGGGCCGGGUGGAGAGAGAAGGCGGGUUGGACGCGGAGUUGGUGAGCGGGUUAGGAGCGAAUGAGGGAAGGCUAUCGUUCGAAGGGGCCGGUGAGUUGCAAGGCUUUUCUUCCUCUUCUUCUUCGAGUUCGGUUCGUGAUGGAGUUGGGAAUAGAGAAAAUGAGGAUAUGGAGAGACUCCUAGAUAGGACUAUCAACGCAACGAUAGUUUUGGCUGCGGGUACUUUUGCCAUCACCAAGUUGGUCACCAUUGACCAGGAUUACUGGCAUGGGUGGACGCUUUUCGAGAUAAUAAGAUAUGCACCUCAACACAACUGGAGUGCUUAUGAGGAAGCUCUUAAGAGAAAUCCAGUUUUAGCAAAAAUGGUUAUUAGUGGAGUGGUGUACUCUCUAGGGGAUUGGAUUGCACAGUGUUAUGAGGGAAAACCUCUCUUUGAGUUUGAUCGAGCACGAAUGUUCAGAUCUGGCCUUGUUGGCUUUACUCUACACGGUUCCCUUUCUCAUUAUUAUUACCAGUUCUGCGAGGAGCUUUUUCCCUUCCAGGAUUGGUGGGUGGUUCCUGCCAAAGUAAUCUUCGACCAAACUGCAUGGGCGGCAGUUUGGAACAGUAUUUAUUUUACUGUCUUGGGAUUUUUACGUCUUGAAUCCCCAGUUAGUAUUUUUAAAGAAUUGAAGGCAACUUUCUGGCCCAUGCUUACUGCAGGUUGGAAGCUUUGGCCAUUUGCUCAUCUUGUUACCUAUGGUGCGAUCCCAGUAGAACAAAGGCUUCUUUGGGUGGACUGUGUAGAGCUUAUUUGGGUGACAAUACUCUCAACUUAUUCAAAUGAGAAGUCAGAAGCAAGAAUCUCUGAUGCACCAGAAGAAGCCAGCUCCAGUUCUCUAUCCAUGGAUCCUCCUCAGGAGUAAACAACACGAAAAUAACCAGAAACCAGAUGGUACAGAGGAGCUGCCGAUCCAAUCAUGAUUGAGUAAAAAUCGGCUUUUGCAUGGUUUGUCUCUCGAAGUGAUACACAAAGCAAUCCCGAUCAUGGCUGUCAUGACUGAUUACUGGGUAUAGUGAAGACAUCUCAGAAACGUGCAUGUGCAUAAAAAAACAACCUCAUCUUCCAUUAACCAUUCACUGUGUAAGUAACCUAGCCUGUGCUACUGUAGAGUCUUAUUGAGAAAUUGCCAGUUGAAGGCAGAUGAAUUUCUCUCAUUGUCACUGUGACCUGUGAUUUAAUGAGAUGUAUUUCCUUUGCCACCGGAAUCACAAUGUGUGAUCGGAGAAUGCUUAUUCAAAUCAGUGACAUCGAAUGAUUUUUUUUUUUU